GGGCGGUAGCUCCGUGUACUAUAAAAGCCGGCACAUAGUCGUAGACUCAUCAGUUUCAACUGUCGGAGUGUAGAGUUCUGCCCCUAUACUAUAUAGCAGUUUCCCUUGUACCCAGUCAAUGCGAGAAAUGACGAGAAUGCCGCUGAAAGCCAGUCUCUUCCUAGUGCUUUUCUGCAUAAGUGGUUCAAUUGGGAACAGUGAUCUUCUGCUGCCUGGAAGAUACUACAGAGGAACUGAGGAUAGUUCAGGCAGUAGUGGUGAAGAUAUCACGGAGGGUUCAGCAGAUGGCACAACUGUAGUAUUGCUACCAUUCCCUACAUCCACCUCUCCUACUAUGCCUCCUUCCAGCAGUGUAGAAGUUCAGUCAUCUUCAACCACCACUCCUGUUGCUAGUACUCCCACUCCUACUCAACCCACGCGCACCCCACUUCCCCCUGCCACCACACAGCCCCCAACAAGCUCAGAACCAACUGUACCAACUGUAACUGAACCCUCAGACAAACCCUCUGAUACGACAAAGCCGACCGUAGCAACGCGUCCAAUGGAACCAACUGUGGAAACUGGUGGGAACCGAAACUCA